AUGGAGGAAGAAGCGACAGAAUCCUGCGAGACAGGCCGCCAAAGAGACAAGUCCCUCGAACCCGAUGAAGAUGCUCAGCUACAGCCCCCCGUGCCGCGUCGCGUACAGGAAUUGAGGAACCCAAAGAGCAGGCCUCGCAAAAGCAUCAAAUCCCGCGCCAGAGAAAGACUCGCCAAGGAACUCCAGCGCUCGCCUUCUCCUCCCCGCUGGCGUGUAGAGGUUGUUUCCGCUCUGGAAAGCGGCCAGUCCUUUAGCGCUCACGUCAAGAUUCUCAGAAUCCUCGACCGCAUCCCUGAGCUUAGAGACCACGUACCGCAGAUUGUGUCGUCGAAUGCCAAGUUGCGAACUUACACGAUUCGGUAUACUCGCUGCGAAUUGGUGGGCUUUGAGUGCGAGGCUCGUCGGUCGCGGUUCUCGUAUAAGAAGAUACUGGGGUUCAAGCAUCAGCUGUAUGGGUUCGUCAAGUUGAUGUACCAGAGCGGCGUGCGGUACAACAUCUAUCCUGGGAAUAUACUUAUAUACAAGUCGGUUCGGAGGGAGUCUACGCGGCAUUUGAUGUUCCUCGGAUCGGUGCAGGACUGUUCUGAUCUUGUUGAUGCGACGACGGAGCCGGAUUGGAGCGAAUAUAGAAAGUAUGUGUGGGAGCAUAUCCAUCGCGUGUUUGCGCUUCUCGAGAUUUGGACGUAUCAAGAGGAAGCCGUCGACUUGAUUGCCGCUGUGGACAGGGAGAAGGAUUUGGUGGAAUCGCUGAUUGAGGGUAACAUUGCGGUUAUUGAUGAUACUAGGGGGGACGUUGACGAAGCGCGGACGAUUAUGGCGGAGACGGUGGAGGUUUUCAACAAGACGCUGGCGAAUAUAAAGCAUCUGAAGGCUUUAUCCGACGGCUUCAUGGCCUCUGCAAAAGGUCCGAUUCUCAUCUGGGAGGAUGCGCAGUCGCGAAAGGAAGUGGUGGAGAAGAAUAUGAAGAAGAUUGAGGUUCUUGGACACAGGACGAAUGCGCUCAUUGAGAAGUACCGCGAUCCGUCCAAGCCAGAGGAUGAAGCGAGCGAGCUGGAGAUUGCGCUGGAGCAGCUUGGUGACGAGGAGGAGAGUACGGAGCCGAAUACGGAAGUUAUUGAUUUGUUUGUUGAUGGUGCCGAAGCAGAGGAGGUGGUGAUAUGGGAUGAAGGUUUGCCGAUUCAAGAUGGAGAAGAGACUGUGCAGGAGGAAGAAGUGGUUGUAUAUGAAGAGACCGUGCAAGAGGAAGAAGUGGUUGUAUAUGAAGAUGCGACGGCGCAAGAUGAGGCUGUGGCUGGUGAUAUUGGCUCCGAGGAAGAGGAUAGCAGUGAAUAA